UGGUGAACAUUCUCAUUUGUACAGCCAUAAAUUACUUCGCGCUGCUUGAAUAAUAAACUAUUUUUUAUAUUAAAUAUAAAAAUUAAACGAGAAUAACUUAUAAAUUGUGGCUUAAUUAUUGGAUCACACAAGGUUUAAAAAAGGGAUCAAGCAUAAAGAAUAAAAUAAAUCUGAGACAAUUUUGAUUUAUUUAGCAGAGGAAUUUUUUAGGCGCCAUUAGAGUGGAUUCAUUACUUAUACAAGUGCCUUACCGUACAAGAAAGAUAGAGAUAGCAAAUAGCAUUAGCGUUUGAUUUUCACUGCUUGACGAUUUUAAAAAAGAAUCCAACGGCUUCUAACAUAGUGAGCAUCCAAAAGAAAAAGAAUGAUUUCAACAAAAAAUAUCAAAGAAGAACGUGUGGAUGAGAAUGAAGUAAUUGAAGCUUCCAAGCAAAUGCAAAAGAUGGGCACAAACGCAGAAAUUGUCGGAAAACGAACUGCCUUAGGUGAUCUGCAAAAUCGUGGCGUUGUUCGCCCUGUGGCGAAAAAGGAGCCAUCACAAAACAAUCUGGACAAUGCAAAAUUGCAAAAUGUUUGCAAAGCCGUUAAAGCACGCGUGGAUUCACAUUGGAAGAAACCGCCAGCUGCUAUUAAUAAUGCGAGCAAAGCGGCCGCCAAGAAAUUGAACGGCGAGACAGCAGCGGUGCCAGUUACGUCCGCUGCAGUUGCCCAGCGUAAAAUGAUAACACGCUCCAAUUCAUUGCGUUUAGCAACUACUAACGGAACUAAAGUUGUCGGUUUGCAGCGUCAUCAAUCGGCUGAUGCACCUACGGUAGCCGAGAAAGCAAAGACGUUGACCAAUAAAGUGGUCGAGAAUAAAACCCAGAUUGCCCAGAAAACUAAAGCUGAAAUGAAAUCCAUUAAAUCGGAAUUUGAAGAAAAGGUUGUUAUAGAAUCUACACUAGAAGAUGAAGAGGACAAAUUGCUGCCUAAAGCGGAGUUAGUUGCAAUACAAACUGAUUCAAAUCCGAUUUUGGUAAAGCAGGAGAGCUUAGCAACAGUCAAUAAAGAAAAAAUUAAAGAGUCAAAAUCUUAUUCGUCUGGAUUGCUAGACGGUGUAAACGAUAUUGACGAGGAUGAUGCUGAAAAUUUGCUCUUAGUGUCUGAAUACGUCAAUGAUAUUUACGAUUAUCUGUUCCAAUUGGAAUCCGAACAACCAAUUGUUAAAAACCAUUUGGAAGGGCAAGUGGAAGUUAAUGUCAAUAUGCGCGCUGUAUUAAUAGAUUGGAUCAAUGAGGUCCAUUUACAAUUUCGUUUAAUUCCUGAGACUUUUCAAAUGGCCGUUGCAAUAAUAGAUCGUUACUUACAAGCGGUUACAGAUACGAAACGUUCACAAUUGCAGUUAGUUGGUGUAACUGGUUUGUUUAUAGCGGCUAAAUAUGAGGAAUUAUUUCCUCCACCAAUAACAGAUUUCGUUUACAUUACCGAUGAGUCUUACACCGACUCUGAGAUACGAAAGAUGGAGUUGAAAAUGAUUAAAACUUUAGACUGCAAUCUAUCGCGGCCCUUGCCCAUACAUUUCUUAAGACGCUUUUCAAAAGCCGCCGAAGCGGAAGACAUUCAAUAUGCCAUGUCUAAGUACUUUAUUGAAUUGGCGAUGAUUGAAUCCAAUAUGGCCUAUUAUAAACCAUCUGAAAUCGCUGCCUCAUCUUUGUUUUUAUCCUUGAAUCUCUUAAAAGGCAAUGCUAAGCUGACUGUGGGACUCGACGAUAUUUACUGGACACCUACUCUGCAAUGGUAUUCGCGUUAUUGCGUUGAACAUAUAAAGCCGAUAGCCAGAAAAAUCGCUGCCAUUGCACGUAAUGCACGAACUGUUAAAUUGAAGGCAGUUUACAAUAAGUACAAGUCAGCGAAAUUUCAAAGAAUAUCUAUGCGUCCAGAACUCUAUGGCGUUUUAAUCGAUUCGAUUAUUAAAAAUGGGAAUUAAAAGUACGACUAACAAUUCAUGUAAUUUGUAAUAAUUAGAAUAAUUAUCGCCAACAUCAGAACAGAAUUUAUGGGUUCAAAUCUAUGCUUACAACGAUUCCAUUUUAGGUUAAAAAAAAACUAAAAAAGCAAUUUAUUCUCUUAACUUUUAACGGAUAAUUAGUUUAAUUUGUGUAAUUUU